AAGAUUACUUGGAAGUCAACCACAACUCUCUGGAUUUGCGAUCUAAGAAUAGAGCGCUUGCAAAUUGUACGUCAUCAGAAAGCGCCGCCUUUUAAAGAGGCUUCUGGAAACAAGUGCGCAAGUAAGUGUCCUUUAAAAGGCACGGGAGCGAGUUGUGUCCCCAGACAGCUGACAUUGCAGCAGACGUACCAAUGGCUCGUGGUGGCCGGAGUGCACCCCCUCGCACGGCGUCUAGCCAUGCCUCUUCUCCUGCUCCUGCUCCUGCUCCUGCAAACCCACCACCUUCAGCUCUUGCAUCAGCCCCUGCUCCAUCACAGGGCCCUGGGUUGAUGGCCCAGAUGGCUACUACUGCAGCUGGAGUAGCUGUGGGAUCAGCGGUAGGCCAUGUCCUUGGAGGUGCCCUCACUGGUGCUUUCAGCGGAAGCAGCUCAGAACCAGCAAAGCCUGUGGCACAGGAGCCCCAAAGGUCCUCUGCUGUCCCUCAGCAGAUUCCACCACACCAUGGACCUUGUCAUUAUGAAAUGAAACAGUUCUUAGACUGUGCUACUACGCAAAGUGACCUGACUCUGUGCGAAGGAUUCAGUGAGGUUCUCAAGCAGUGCAAGUCCAACAAUGGUAUCUCUUCACUGCUGUGAGAAUCAUCAGUCAUAUCUCUGUAAUUUAAAAUGUUGAGUGAUCGCCCUCUGAGAAUUGUAUUUUGUGUUUGGUACAUGCAUAUAACAAAGCUGCUCCCUUCUAUCUAAUCAUAAAUCAAUAAAUUAGAUAUUUCUAUUUUAA